AUGUUCGCCGUGGACACUUCUCCUCGAUCCAGAACUCGUCAAUACUCGACAUCAUCCUCAUCCUCUACCAGAUCCAUGGCACAACGCGACUCGAUGGACAUUGACAGCGCUGCUUUGUUGGACAUCCAACGUGCUCUUGACAUCGCUCGCAACACUGAGGGCGACCUCGAUCACUCUGUCGAAAAGUACCUGGAAGAACAGCUCACUGGAGUCUGGAACAGACUCGAGUCUCGUCCCAACACCUAUGUCCUCUCCAAGGACGAGUUCGCCAUCUUCAACUACUUUGUCGGUCGCUACCAAGACUCAAAGGUGGCCGAGAAGGCGAUUGCUCGAUUCUGGUCCAGCUAUCAGGACACUGGCUCCUCGUAA